CUCUCUCUCUCUCGGUAGAGGGUUUAAGCCCUACUCUGGUUCCAUUGUUUCUGGAGACGAACUCUCAGCUUGGAUGCAGUAAUCUCUUCAUCCUGAUCUGUCUGAAAUCAUAUAUUUUUUUCUUCAAAACCCCUCAACCACCCCCCCCCCCCCCGCCAAAAAAAAAAAAAAAAAUGCACUGCCUUAAACGAAUAACGGCAUCCCCUUUAAUUACGAACAAAUUUCAUAAACUCUCUUCUGCAAUCCCAGAACUCAGAGGUUUAUCUUCCAAGCCGUCUUCGUCCGCCAGCAGCAACUCGAGAAAGGCCCAAGAAGAAUGGAACGAAUCGUGGGAGACGGCUUGGCUACCGGAGGACCUUUCGGCCAAGCACCGGUCUCCCUGGGAGACCGACGUGAACUUCCCGUCGCCUGCCUCUGGGAUUGUCCUAUCCUCCGAGGUGGACGCGGAGACCAAGGCGUUUGUGGAGGACAUGAACGAGAAUUGGAAUCAGAGAAAAGGGUCCAAGACCAAACAGCAAGAAAAGCAACAAAUUGAAGGUAAUAGCAGUAAUGGUAUGCUUUAUAGCUUGGACAACGUGAAGAAGGAUUACAGGUUGAUGAAGCAGAGGAUCCACGCCGGAUUGUGGGUGAAGGAGAUUGAGAAGCAGGAGGAGGCCAAGUUGGGGGAUCCCGUCGCCGGAGGAGGGGACGAUAUUGAGAAAUUGCUCGAUAGCUGCUCCGAGAUUUUUGACACUUCCAACAAUGAAUUGAACAACUCAAAAAUUCCGAGCUCUAAUGAGUUGAAAAACAAGCCUGAUGGCUGGGAAACCACAGCCAAGGCUCAAGAUGGAAAUGUUUGGGAAAUGUCACAGAGGGAAGAAGAUAUUCUCCUCCAAGAAUUUGAUCGUCGAAUUGCAUAUAGUAAAUUUCGGAUAGCUAGUUUUAUCAAGACUCAUAUAUUUAGCCGGAGGAGGCCAAUUGAUGGGUGGAAAUACAUGAUAGAGGAGCUGGGACCAAAUGCAAAGAAAGGAAAGGGUAGUGUUUCAAGGUUACCCAGUCUAUCCGAUGCAUCAACCCAACCCUUUAAGGAGGAGAGGAAUCCAUUUGACAGCAGGCUAACCCCGUUAAAGGGAAGGUAGCUUGGAUGGGACUUCUCUCAAGUAUUUGCAUCAAGAUUUUGAAACUGUCAACCGCUACUGCAGCAACUCUAGUGAUUUUGGCUCCCUCUGUGUAUGGGGUUUCCUAUCAUGUAGAGAACUGAAAUUCUAAAUCCAGCAAGCUACAAGAAUGCGUGUUAAAAUAGGACCCUUUGAAAACAUUGUAAUUUGAGCCCUUAUAAGAGAACAUUUCUAA